GGUCGAUGAGUAGGGGAUGGGCGUUGUAGUCCAAAGGGAUCGUUCCCUUUUCUCACCGCAACAACCUCGUAACGCGUUUUGGCCACUUUUAUCUUUGCAAAAUGCCCGGAGGAAGCUUAGAGGCAGCAGAAGCGCUGCUCCCACCCCCCACGGUCCUUCAUUCAGAAGAGGGCAGGUGCAGGGCCAGUGCUGGGAAUUCUGGGAGCUGAAGUCCCACACAUCUGGGGACCCUGAUGGGAGAGCGCCCAGCUGGGCAUGCGGCGUUUCCGCCCCCGAGGCCUGGACGGAUGCUCCCUUCUGCCUAAAAAUCUUUUGGGGCGCUUGGCAGGAAUCGGGCGACGACGAAUACAAGGGGGACCAGUCGGACAGCGAAGACGAAGUGGACUCGGACUUCGACAUCGACGAGGGAGACGAGCCCGGCAGCGACCAGGAUGACAGCGAGCCCAAGCGGAAGCGGAGGGUGGUGACCAAAGCCUACAAGGAGCCCAUUAAAAGCCUGAGGCUGAAGAAACCCGACGCCCCUGCCGGCAGUGCGCAGAAAACCAGAGAGGAAAGAUCGGCACCGACCGAACUCCUGGAAGACGCUGUCGACAGCCGGAAGCACAUGCGCCAGUCGACCACCGAACACACCCGCCAGACCUUUCUGCGCCUGCAGGAGCGCCAGGUGCAGUCCAGGCGCAAGAAGGGGGCAGGCCCAAGCUACGACCGGCCCCUCACCCAGGAAGAGCUGCUGAGAGAGGCCAAGAUCACCGAGGAGCUCAACUUGCGCUCUCUGGAGACUUACGAACGCUUGGAAGCGGACAAGAAGAGGCAGGUGCAGAAGAAACGGAAGUGCGCAGGCCCCACCAUCCGCUACUAUUCGGGGACGAUGCCCCUCGUCUCUGACCUGGGCUACAAGGAGGAGAACGUGGAUGUGGAGGGGUUAGAGCAGGAGGGCCUCCUGGAAGCCCCCUCGGCCGCUGCCCCGGCCGGAAAGUGUUCCCGCACCUUCAUCACUUUCAGCGAUGACGAGACUUUUGAGAGGGUCUUCCCCAAAUCCCCGCCCCCCAAGCUGCCCGUGAAGGAGAUCUGUCCCGUCACCCACAGGACCGCCAUCUACCGCGACCCCAUCACGGACAUCCCGUACUCCAACAUCCGGGCCUUCAAGAUCAUCCGGGAGGCGUACAAGAAGUACAUCACAGCCCACGGGCUGCCCAGCGCGGGCGCCUCGGCCGCCCUGGCGGCUGGCUCACCGGUGCCCGACCCUGGUGUGCGGGCCACCCGGCAGAAGAUCAUCAUCAAGCAGAGCGGGCCAGCCACCUAAACCCCAGGCGGCUUCUGCCUUUCCACGAAAGGGUCUCCUCGAAACCUGCAUGAGGAAAUAGAAAUC